GUUUUGUAGUUCCUGUGUAGUUGACCUGUCAGCGUUGUAGUACAAGCUGUCACUACUGAUAAUUUGUCUGUCCUCCUGGUUGUAGCAGUUUUCCGCCAGCAACAGAGCGAGCACCAGGGCGUCGGACACACAGGAUUAUUCGUUCUUAUCGGUGUUGCAGGUGUCAGCUAACCAGCGAGCUAACGGCUAAAGUUAGCUACCAAGCCAACCAGCUUGACAGCUAGCUUGCUAGCUAGCAUUCGACGGUAGCUAGCAGCGUUAGCUGGCUUUUUGCAUUUACCUAGCUAACCUGCUGGUAGUACAAGUCUCGGAAGCCGCCCACUCCGUCAAAGCAGUAUUCUGGGCAAACGAGUGAACGAUGGAGGCUCAGAGCUCCAGCGGGCUGCUGCUGUCCAGAAAGAGGAGGAGAGACGGCUCCAAUGGAGAGACCGAGGAGGGCGAGAGGCUUGGGAAAAUCCCCAGAUGUACAGUGGGGUUGAAGCACCCUGCACCUUUCGCAGAUGAGCUGGAGCCAGCUGAUGGUAAACCUUAUGAGAGAGUCAACAUGGAGGAGGCCAAGAGGGGAACGCCACCCGACAGACCGGUGCGGGUGUAUGCAGAUGGGAUCUUUGAUGUUUUCCACUCAGGUCACGCCAGAGCACUAAUGCAGGCUAAAUGCCUCUUCCCAAAUACGCACCUCAUCGUUGGAGUGUGCAGUGAUGACCUGACCCACAAAUACAAGGGCUUCACAGUGAUGAAUGAGGAUGAGCGCUACGAUGCCAUCAGACAUUGCCGCUAUGUGGAUGAAGUGGUGCGAAACGCUCCCUGGACGUUAACGCCAGAGUUCCUCGCAAGACAUCGCAUUGACUUUGUGGCCCAUGACGACAUCCCGUACUCCUCAGCGGGCAGUGAUGACGUGUAUAAGCACAUCAAGGAAGCUGGUAUGUUUGCUCCCACUCAGAGGACAGAGGGCAUCUCCACCUCUGACAUCAUCACACGCAUCGUCCGUGACUAUGAUGUGUAUGUCAGACGCAACCUGCAGAGAGGAUACACAGCCAAGGAGCUCAACGUCAGCUUCAUUAAUGAGAAGAAGUACCACCUGCAGGAGCGCGUGGACAAGGUGAAGAGGAAGGUGCGUGAUGUAGAGGAGAAGAGCAAAGAGUUUGUCCAGAAGGUGGAGGAGAAGAGCAUCGACCUCAUCCAGAAAUGGGAAGAAAAAUCCAGGGAGUUCAUCGGCAACUUCCUGCAGAUGUUCGGCCCAGAGGGAGCUCUGAAGCACAUGCUGAAGGAAGGCAAGGGCCGCAUGCUGCAGGCCAUCAGCCCCAGGCAGAGCCCCGACAGCAGCCCCACCCGCGAGGAGCGCUCCCCCUCUCCCACCUUCCGUCUGCCCUUCUUCACCAAGACCUCCCCGCCUCCCUCGCCUCCGCCGCACCACAGCGGGGCCCGCGGAUACCUCAUCAGCGAGGACGACGACGAAGACGACGAAAACUAGGCCGCGUUUGAAUCCCUCACAUGUGUCUGGUGCCGCAGUCAGAGCUACCGGUUACCGGUCGAGUAACGUGGCUUUCAUUGAGCUCCUGCUUUCAUUUUUUUUGUUUGUGUAUGGAUUUACUUUGUUUGUCACUUCAGUGUCCCGUUCACUUGAGCAGCCAGUUUCUCACCUCUUUUGUUUUCAACAGCCUCUUUUGUCCUUUUUGUUCUUGUGUAACGGUCAGUAAAGUCACCACUCGUCACCUGAGUUCUUUGAAAAUUAGAUUCACGUAUAUCAGUCACUUUUGAUGUUGCGUUUAUUAGUUGCUCACUGUCACUUAGGAAUAUCUGCAGGGGCUACACUCAGUGCACUCUUCUAUCUAUGACAAUGUUCUUUAGGUCGGCAUCGCAGUGAGGUAGCAGUUUGUGUUUUUGUUUUCGUCAUGGCUUUAGCGGGAGGGCUCGCAGGUUUUUGGUCACUUGUUGGAACAGCACAUCUAUUUUGGUGUGGGAGAGUUGAGCUGAGACCUCGUUGAGACACUGUCUAAUAUCUCCAGGGGAGGUUUUUCAGAGCAGGUCAGAAAACUGGACUUUUAAAAGAUCUGCUCAUGCGGGGCAGUUUCAGUCCUGCUCAUAGUAACAAGCAACCAACCUGGCUUUUUGUUUUUUUUUAAUAAUAGCAGGGAACUCUAGAUCAAAUAUGAAGUGAAUCUUAGGAGUCGAGUGUUAAAUGUCUACUAAACAGCAGCUUUUUCCCAAGUUUGUCCACCUGCUUUGGGGCUAUGCGUGUCCGUGUGUAUGUGCAUGUGAUGUUCGUGCGUGCAAGCUCUUACGUCGGCAUGUUUGAAAUGUCUUCUGCCAACAUUCUCCACAGAAUGCUGCAGACCUGGGUUCAGCUUUGAUUUAACUGCAAACACGUAGUAAUAAAUGUUUUUUGUCUGCUGACAAGAUUCAGUCUUCGGAAGACUAGAUUCUGACUGGGCGCCUUUCUUGUGGCGUAAAUGAAAGUCAUGCAAGGUUGAACCAUUUAAAUGUUAAUGUAGAAAUACUUAUUUUUGUAGAUUCCCUCUUUCUUUAUCGUCUGUACAGAUAACGAUCUUAAUAAUCCCUGUUUAGAAGUGCUUUGAUAGUCUGAGCAGUGAAUCAACAUGAGCAGGGCUGGAGUUACAUAUGUAUAUUUUUUUGUAAUGCAGAUCCUGCGUCACCUGGGCCUGUAAGGAAGUAAUAAUUUUCAUCAGAUAUAUGUGUGAUGACGAUAGAAAGUAUUAAGUUUUCAUAAAUCAAAGAAGACCUGAGAACUGUCUAAAUGCCAUACUUCUUAUAAGAAUAUACAUCUUUUGGUUAUUUGGAGUCACAAGCACAAAAUAAGAUUGUUUUAAGAAUAAGGCCUCCUCAUUGGCAGCACACAUACAUGGCAGAAGUACACAAGGUCGUCCCAAAAACCCACAGAUUUGGAGUUUGCACCAAUUUACAGGAGAACUGUGGACACGGUCUGCAUCUGUUUAGAGGUGGCAGACUGUGUCAAUACUGUAGUGGUGUGAUUUAUGCAUCAAUGAAACACCAGAUCAACAUUUAUGUAGCUACCUCCUUCUUCCCUGAACUGAUUCGGUUUGCUCAGAUGAGCACAAAUGAAUAUUUUUCCUUUCUAAACAGAGCCAUUGUUGCAGCAAUGAAGCAAUGUGACUGGGUCAGAUAUCCGAGAUUCUCCGGCCUCGCUGCGUGUCCUGCAUCUCAAGUGAUUAAAGCAUGUCUUGUGUCUCCUAUAUAACUGAAAAAUGAAACAUCACAGGUCACAUGGAGAUGUAAUGCAAUACUGUUAACGACUCGGAAUAUAAAUGUUGAUUGAUCUGUUCUAGGCUUGGUUUCCCAAAAGCAAGUCAGAUUUUAGAGCCACAGUUAUGAAGUCCUACUUCUGGUAUUAAAAGUGCAAAACCAGUAUAGAGGAACACUAGCCUAGAUUUUGGUGCUAAGCUACUUUUGGGAAGCCUUGUCUCGAUUCUUGUGGAAUCGCUUCCUUUAAAUCAGUGUGAACUUCUCAGACCACAUUACGAGUUCGAGGUGGCAAAGACUGGAGUGGCAGAUGAAUAACAGCCACUACUACUAAGAACAAAUGUAAAUGUUUUUAACAGUAAGUGUUUUAAUCAUGUUAUUUUACUGUUUGGGGUUAUUUUGGAUGUCCUGGAUGUAGAGGAAGAGCAAGACAGGAACAAUGUAUUAAAACAUGUUUGGC